AUGCCCGAGAGGCUCACAGUGGGAACUCUGCGGAAUGUUUUUCUAUACAUAGAUGGCAACUCUGCAGCCUCUGUUCUUGAAAACCGGUUAGCAGAUGACUAUUGGAUUUGGGCCGUCGUCCAGACUACCUCGAGUGGGUACCAAGGCUACCUGCGCGUUCGUCUCCAACAGAUUAUUCACAACUUUUACGUCGCCCGGCGUUGGCAUGCUGAUGAGGUCUCCUUGAAAGAUCUGUGGAAGGCGGCGCAGAAGGACCCUCAUAAUGGCUCUUUUGUUUCAAUGGAAGACGAGGAAAUAUUUGCUCAGGACUCAACUUGGGAAGUUGCAACCGCCCUUCGAUCAAGGACCCCGACGCAGUGA